AUGGCCAACAGGGAAAAGGAGCAGGUGAAACCAUUGGCACCGGUUGCCGACCGGAUUAGCAGCGACGAAGAUGAAGCUACGUUCUAUUCCAAGAAACUCCGGCGUAGGAAAUACAUCAAAUGUUGCGGGUGUAUCACUGCCUUGUUGCUACUACCUGCUAUAGCGAUCAUAGUGCUUGCCUUCACCGUGUUUCGCGUCAGAGAACCUGAAAUCAAGAUGAACAGCGUCAAGAUAGACGGCUUAGAGCUUGUCAGUGGUAUCAUUUCCGGCACCAGCAUCAACAUGUCCCUAACUGCCGAUGUCUCCGUCAAGAACCCAAAUUUUGCAUCGUUCAGAUUCGGCAACGCCAGCACCACCGUCUACUACAGAGGCACGGUGGUCGCCGAGGCAAGAAAUCCCCCCGGCCAUGCCAAGGCCCGACGAACCCUGCGGAUGAAUGUCACUGUGGAUGUUAUCACUGAUCGAUUAAUCAGUAAUCCCAACCUGAUUAGCGAUAUCAGCUCCAGAAUGUUGGCGAUGAGCACCUACACCAGGAUCGGUGGCCGGGUUAAUAUACUCAAAAUAGUGAAGCGACAUGUCACUGUCAAGAUGAAUUGCACCAUGACUGUUAAUAUAACGAGCCAGGCCAUCCAGGAUCAGAAUUGCAGGCGACAUGUGAAGCUCUAG